GAACAAAGGGAAGAAAGGUCAGUGAUUGAGGAAAACAGAUAUGGAAGGUCGGAAUUCAAGCGGAAGACCGAAGACGUCAUAGCACAGUGGAAGGUCGGAAUUCAGUUAGUUUGCUGAAGACGUCAGAGCACAAUGGAAGGUCGGAAUUCAGUUAGUUUUCCUCUCGAGGUUGAAGGAGCUUAAUUUAUAGAAGAAAAAGAUGGUGAGGAUGAAUAGUUUGGGUUGCAAGAGGAGAAGGUUGGAUAAUGGUAGUGUAAGAGGAAUUAAGAUCAGCAUCAUGAGUGGGUGCGACAAAUUUGCACCUAUCUUACGGUUGCCUCAUGAAGUCCUCAGGGAAGAAGUGUUGUCAAGGCUGGAAAUUAGGGAUCUUUGCCGACCCAAGUGCGUUUGUAAGCAAUGGCAUAGCAUCAUAAGCUCCCCUGACUUCAUCAAGGUGCACCGACGCCGCAACCACAAGCCUUCACACGGGCUCCUCAUUGCAACCACAGAUUCUGUGAACGAUGAGUUCAUCUUCUACUACUCACCUCUGUCCGAACAACACCACCGCCACCAGCCUCGUGUUUUUGUCCCUCGGCUGAGGGUCCCCCGAAACCGGGACUACCAAUGGAUGACUCAAGUCGUGAAUGGCCUUGUGUGUCUAUACUCCGCCAGUCGGUUGAGUCUUUUUAAUAUAUGCACCCGCGAAAUCCUUGACCUCCCACUACCCCCACCACCUUCCCGAGAUGCACUGUGUGCUGCUGUUGUUGAUACAUGGUGGCCUGAUACUAAUGCUGUUGAGAAGGACAACAACCUUCGCAUUCCUCGUGCUGGGGAGGCUACCAACUGCACUGCCACUCGCUACUAUUUUGGCUUUGAUACCCUGCAUAAUGUGUAUAAGAUACUAAGUGUUAGUUAUAUGUGCAGUGAAGGAUGUCCUGGCCCUGGUGAUGUGUGCGGGUGCCAACCUUUCCUGGUGCCUCAGGUUCUCUCACUCAGUGGCCCAGUCUCCUCCUUCAAGUGGAGAAACGAAGUACCUCAUCCCAGACCAUUUAAUCCCCUUAAUAUGCACACUAUUUGUGUGAAUGGACGAUUGUGGUGGACUGGCAAUGAAAUCUCUCGUACUUGUUUUGAUCUGACAUCGACGCCUGAGCACUUUCGUAAUAUUACUGAACACCCCCCAGUCUCUGACAACUGCUGGUUCGUCACCAGCAUACCCUCACAAUAUGGGGGAUGCAUUGCUCUCUCCGAAGGUUGUCUACGACAGGGGAGAUCUUUGCGUCUCUUUACCCGCCCUGCAGAGCAAAUAUAUUGUGAGUGGAGUAAAUGUGAUAUCAAUUUGCCAGUCGAAUUGCUACGACGGGGGAAGUCUUCAAUUGCUCUUGUUGNUUUUGAUCUGACAUCGACGCCUGAGCACUUUCGUAAUAUUACUGAACACCCCCCAGUCUCUGACAACUGCUGGUUCGUCACCAGCAUACCCUCACAAUAUGGGGGAUGCAUUGCUCUCUCCGAAGGUUGUCUACGACAGGGGAGAUCUUUGCGUCUCUUUACCCGCCCUGCAGAGCAAAUAUAUUGUGAGUGGAGUAAAUGUGAUAUCAAUUUGCCAGUCGAAUUGCUACGACGGGGGAAGUCUUCAAUUGCUCUUGUUGCAAACCUUCCGGAUGGGGACAUUUUAAUUGCCAACGACGAAGCAGAUGACUCCUUUACUCCUGUCUAUUCCUUCACUCCUCGAAGAAACAACAAGUUCUCAAAAUCAUUUAAGGUUGGGAAGUUUCCAUCAGCAACUGCCUCAAUGUCGCCGAGAGAACUUGCUGUUGCUGUAACCUGUGUCGAGGAUAAUCUCACUCCACUCUGCAAUUGUUUUUGAAAUUGUUCCCAUCUCUAUAUGUUUAUUAUCCAUGUAAUAUGAAUAAGUUGUUGCUGUUGUGCUCAUAAAUACUGGUUCCAGUUUUCAACUUCGCUGCGGUGUCAUUUGCACUGUUAUGAAGUAUUUUAUUUAUUCACAUUCUUCAUUUGUAUGGAUGGGGAUUGAUAUUUCUCCUCUAAAACUCAUUUAUUUUAGGACGCGGAUCAUAAUGGAAGUAGA